AUGGACGUUGAAGCGAUCAACAAAAGUCUUCUCAAAGCUGUCGAAGAGGGAGAUUUACCUGAAGUUCAGAAAAUUAUUCUUGGUAUUCCAGAGUCAAGUAACGGUCAAAACUGGUCUUUUCUGUCGCUAGGGCCAGUGUACCGCGCCUGUAGCAAAGGAGAUGUACAAAUCGUGGAGUUCUUGCUCAAACAAUGUCACCAGGAGGACUUUACCGACUUCACAAGCCGCACUACGUUGCUUCAUCGAGCUGUUCAAGGAGAAGGGACAAACUUUUGCUACACAGUAGGGUUUCUAACUGGAUUUGCUGCUGGCCAUGGUGGGCCACGGACGGUGAAAAAGUAUGUGAAUAUCCCAGAUCAUGAAGGAAAAACGGCUCUUCACCAUGUAGCUGCAAUGGGCGAUUAUGCAAUGCUUGAUAUCCUCUUUGAAGCAGGUGCAGAUAUCAUUGUCAGAGACCAUCGAGGCCUUUUGGCCGCACAUAUCGCUUGCAUAGAAAAGAAAUAUGAGACGAUGAUAUGGCUGUUCAAGAAAGAUCCAACGGGUAUAGACGAGAUCAUACAUCACGAUUUGGCUUCGGGAUCUACAUGCCUCCAUCUGGUCGCAAAGAGAAAUUGUGGAAGGGAGCUUGGUUACCUUCUCGGUUUGGUGCGUGCGCCCGUCAGCAUGAUCCCCGACAUCCAAGGCAUGUAUGUGUGGGAUCUCGCAUGCAAAGGAAACAUUCAGGAACAGCCUAGAGUAUCCAGGAGGAGGGUCACAUCGGGAAAGUACCCUUAUAUAGACCCGGAGCUCCUAUACGACAGUGAGGGGAGACCCAAAAACAGCGAAACGGUCCAAAGGUUUCCCAUCAAUCUAGAAGCAGCUAGUGUACUUAUCUUCCAGGAUCACAGUCGUGCCUGGCCUGGCUAUCGAUUCGAUUGGAAAGCAUUGUUCGGAAAACUUUUGAUCGAGGAUCGUAUCAAAAUUAAGGAUAUGGAUAGAUUCAUGGAAGGUUUUCAGUAUGAACAGUACAUAAGGGAUCCAGAUAAUCAUGGACCUGCGGUCCUGAAGCAUCGAGAGCCCUCCUGUACUGUGACCCAUGGCGGAGGCUCCAAAUCUUUCACAAUUGCGAUGCCGUACUUCAAGGUACUCACAGAAGAUUCAAUCUCAAAAUGGAGGAAACCGGAGUUGGUGAAUGAAAGCCUAAAGCCUUUUUUAACAGACCACUAUAGCAAGUCACUAGAAUCUCUCAAAGCACCCUAUGUACCACUAACUCUCGACGAGUACUGUUGUCCUGCGCUGCCAAAGUCAAUGUUGGAUCGUAGGAACGGAGACCAAGUACUUACUAAAGCCGAAAAUACAGACUCAUAUCCUAAGGAGCUUGUUACCGUGUGUCAACUGUGGAUUCUGCAAUGCACAGAUGGGCUCAUAACUGCACACGAACCGGAGAGAGAAUCAAGUACUAACAGCUCCGAGCCCGACUUUCCCUCGUGGGGACAUGACUGCCUGGCAGGUGAUGUUAAGCGGUAUAUCGGCAUCAUGCUAUCUCAUUUCGUGGACAGUCUUAACCGUCCGUCUGAAACAGGCUCAGGCAAUCCCAUCCUCAACACUUUCGAGAAUUUUAUUGCCUCAUGUGCUCAUGGUGUGGAUGAGUACAGCAGAGGGGAGGAUGUGAAGAAGUUUGACAUUGACAAGGAAAGAAAAUUUCUACACGACAUUGAUGAUAUACGAGGAGAAUUGGAGAUGAUCAAACGCGUCAUUCUGCAGCAGGAGGAGGUCUGGAAAACUUUUGCAAGCAAUGCCUGGCCCGAACACUGGACAAGUGGUCCAGAAGGGCACAUGGUCGUGAAAGACGACGAAAAGAGAUCUACUCAAGAAGAGGAUGAAUGGCAACUUAUUUUACGCACGCAAUCUCAGUUCGAUCGAUUUCGACGUCGAAUCGCGCAACUAGACGAAGACGCCGCCCGUAUGGAGAAAUCCAUCAUGGCUAAACUGGACCUGAAGCAGAAACAUGCAAGUCUUCAAGAAUCCCAUGCAACGGCCGUCAUCAGUGCAGCCGUUCUCGGCUUCACAGUCAUAACCAUCAUAUUUACGCCCUUGUCUUUCCUCACUAGCUUGUUCGCUCUGUCAAUUGAUCGGUUCCAGAGAAACCAGGUUGAUUUCUUCAUACCCGACCGCGAGAACGAAGCCGACUUUACCAACCGGACUCGAGUUUACACAACAAACUAUAUUGGAAAAUGGGCUGCUACCACAGUUCUUGUAUCUAACGCUAUUGCCCUGCUAUUCAUGUGGCUCGUCGUCGAAUACGGCAUGGGCGUGCCCGUGCUGCGACACAACGCAUUGCGGUUGCUGGGCUUGCCAAAGCGGAUAUGGAAAUCCAAGUUUGUGAGCAGAGGAAUCGAACGAUUUAAAAGGAAAAAGGUUCCAGAAGAGAAGGAUUCUACAGCAACCUCUCCACCCCCUUCCUCAAACAAUUGGCCACUUCUCGGAUAA